AUGAGAUUAUGCAUUGAUUACCGUCAGCUGAAUAAAGUGAGGAUAAAGAAUAGGUAUCCAAUUCCGAGGAUCGAUGAUUUAAUGGAUCAGUUAGUGGGUGCUCGUGUAUUCAGCAAAAUUGAUUUGAGGUCAGGUAAAGCCAAUGUGGUAGCAGAUGCGUUGAGCAGGAAGACGUUGCAUAUGUCUGCUAUGAUGGUUAAAGAAUUCGAUUUGCUAGAGCAGUUUAGAGACUUGAGUCUUGUCUGUGAGUUGACACCUCAGAGUGUUCAGUUUGGGAUGUUGAAAAUUAAUAGUGAUUUCCUGAAUAGUAUCCGAGAAGCACAGCAAGUAGAUGUUAAGUUUGUUGAUUUGAUUGUUGCUGGUAAUGAAAUUGAGGAUAGUGACUUUAAGGUUGAUGAUCAGGGAAAGUCACAAGAGUAG